AUGGAGAUCCUACCGGGUCCUGUAACAGAUCCACUAACAGAACCUUUCCAACCCCCAGGUCUAAUGGAGGUCCUCCCAGAUCGCUGCACCAUGGUUGCCAAGAAGGAGCUGGUGUACGCAGGCACUGUGGGCAUCGUGUGCUGGCUGGGCGGUAUUGUCUUCAUCAACCGCCAGAAGACAAGCGACGCCAAGAGUGUCAUGGCCGACGCUGCCAAGACCAUGCUGGACGACCAGGUAAUUCAACAGAACUAACCUAUUGGACCGGAUUAAUACAUACCCCCCUGCUGUGCUCUGGAGCCUUCAAUGUAACGACUACUUCCAUUCUAAAAGCCCAAAAAUGUAUGAUUGGUAAUGAUGUCAGAGAGUGACAUACUGUUAGAUCAUAAGACUUUGAAUGACUGACUUAUUUAAUUCCCAAGCCAAUAUAUCCUGAAACGUAACCCAUUCAAGUGUGUAUACUUGAUAUUUCUUUUUUUUCCCCCCAUGCUUAUUUCUGGCUUAGUGUCUAGACCUCUCCACCACUGAUAUUCACAUACUGUGUCCAUGCUUCCACAUGGGCCUCACCUUUGACCCCUAACCCGUGGCCUUUGCCCCCUGUAGAUCCGUCUGUGGGUGUUCCCAGAGGGUACGCGGAACCAGAGGGGUGACCUGCUGCCCUUCAAGAAGGGAGCCUUCCACCUGGCAGUGCAAGCGCAAGUGAGCCACAGGGCCGUGUGUGUUUGAGAGUGUGCGUGCAUGCCUCUAUUCCGGUGUUCACAAGGGGGAGCUAACAACUUAGCAUGGAUACUGACUGAACAUCAUCUGAAUUGCAGAGGACAUUUUCACUACCUUUGGCAUAGAUGGAAGACAAAGAGAGAGCCAGAGUAAGAGAGAGCGCCAAAGGAGAGAGAGAGACUGAGAGAAGCAAAGACCAAGGGAGCGUUACAGAGGGAGAGAGAGACCCAGAGCGCCUAAUGGAAAGGGUUUCUAAAGUAGCAGAUAGAGGGCGAUAUAGGAUGAGUGUUGGAGGGAGAGAGAGAGGGUGAGGGAGACAGACGGGUGGAAUAAAUUAAAGAACAACGUUACAUGAAACAGAGCCAAACAAACGCUGCAGGUUCACUCCAGGUUAUGAGGUGUUGAAGUGUGUGCGAAUGUGUGCUUAUUGUACAGUGUCUGUGUAGCCUGUGUUCAAUGUAGGCCUUGUGCGCCUGCAUGCUCAAAGGUUGUGUGUGUAGAUGUGUAUCAGUGGAUAGAUCCGAGAGAAAGACCUGCUGGUCCAUAUUAACUAACACAUAAACAUCUGAGGUGUUUACAAUACUAUUAGCACAUGACUGUUGUGCUCCAAUGCAGAGCUAACGCUAUCUCUAGAUCUGCCUCGGCAGGGCUGGAGGAGAUGGUGCCUGUGCCCGCGUGCCCAUAGAUGUGUGUAGCCCAGUCAGCCAUGCAUGUCUUUGUGUUCAUGUUGUUUGUCUUUGUCUUGCCUGAGGGAGGGAAACAUCCUUGAAAAGUAGAUUAUACUUGUUGGUUUGUGAUCUUGGAAAAUAUAAUGGUAUUUUGGUAAAUCGAAUGUGGAACGAACUGUCAUGGUAAUUCUCUCUUUUCUCUCUCGCUUCUCUUUCUCUCUGUUCCAGGCUCCUAUCAUUCCCAUCGUGUUCUCCUCCUACAGUAACUUCUACCUACGGAAAGAAAAGCAGUUCAACUCGGGUACAGAUGUUUGUAGUUCAUAUUGAAAAGGGCUUAUCCACAGCUACUCUUGACAUAAAUGGCUCAUUAUAUUAUUUAUAGAAAGAUGUUGUCCUAUGCUUGUAUGCAAACACGAUGAUGAGGGUUAUUGUGAUGAUGAUGAUGAUGAUGAUGCUAUGCUCUAACCAGGGACCAUCACACUGAAGAUCCUUCCAAAGAUCGAGACGAAGGGCAUGACGUCAGACGACGUGGCCGACCUCUCCGACAAGUCCUACGACCUCAUGCGCUCUGUCUUCCUGGACAUCUCUGGCUCUGCCCCCGUAACCCAGAGCAACGGGCCCUCCUCGCACCACUAA